AGACACUAUAACCAUAGAUCUCUCUGGACAGUGUCCUGCAGAGGAGCCACUUUGCCCUGCCCUCAGGCCUCAGCAGCUAGUGGAUCUCUCCACAGAGCAACACCUCUCAUGUGCCACUGAAAUAGAGAGAUGCAGGUUAUUUUGCCCUCUGUAGGYGCUUAUCUAGGGCUAAGCUAGGGGACGGACAAAUAGCAAAGCCAACCUCACUCCAGCCAGUCUAGGGGCACAGAUAGCCAUCUGUCGAUUCUCUGUGCAAUAACUGACAACAAAGGGGGUCAAACAUUUAACGACGACUGUAAAACUAGAGGACUACUCAUUCUGGAGAGACGAGGAAGAGGAACUAAUAUUUAUACUAAAACAGCAGGUGUGGCAUGGCGGCAAAGCAUUGUCUUCAGCCAUUGGUGUAUGCAUAGAGAUCCUAUUAAACUAUAGUGUUGCAUGAGUGUCUAGAGACCGUUGAUACGUGUGAAUAUGUCUGACAAGGAAGACGGGGCCUCAGGGGGGGGGCUGAAUGUUACCCUCACGUUUCGGCUUCUCAUGCACGGGAAGGAAGUGGGCAGCAUAAUUGGAAAGAAAGGGGAAACCGUCAAAAAGAUGAGAGAGGAGAGUGGUGCUCGCAUCAACAUUUCAGAGGGAUCUUCUCCAGAGAGGAUUGUUACCAUCACAGGACCAACAGAGGGCAUCUUCAGAGCUUUCUCUAUGAUCGCUGAGAAGUUUGAGGAGGACAUUACAGCUGCAAUGACAAACAGCACUGUAACAAGCCAUCCUCCAGUGACACUCCGCCUUGUGUUCCCAGGCAGUCAAUGUGGCUCCUUGAUAGGCAAAGGAGGCUCCAAGAUCAAGGAGAUCCGAGAGACCACAGGUGCUCAGGUACAGGUGGCAGGGGACAUGCUGCCGGAAUCCACUGAGAGAGCUGUCACUAUCUCAGGCACCCCUCAGGCCAUCACGCAGUGUGUCAGACACAUCUGCUCUGUCAUGCUGGAGUCACCGCCCAAAGGAGCAACAAUCCCAUAUCGCCCCAAGACCAUGCCUGGAGCCGGCCAUCCAGUAUUUCAACAACAACAACAACAUGCCUCACAAGCCUUCACAAUUCAAGGACAGUAUGCUUUUCCACAUCAAGAUUUGACCAAGCUUCACCAGUUGGCUAUGCAGCAUAUCCCCCUCCCUUCCCUUGGGCAGAGCAACCCUACCUUCCCUGGAAUGGAUGCCUCUGUCCCCAAAAGUUCUCAGGAGCUGGCAAUACCCAAUGAACUUAUUGGCUCCAUAAUUGGCAGACACGGCAGCAAGGUCAAUGAGAUUCGCCAGGUGUCAGGAGCUCACAUUAAGAUAGCCAGUGCCACGGACGGAUCGCCCAUGCGCCAAGUCACGAUCAUAGGCUCUCCGACCAGCAUCAAUGUGGCACACUACCUCAUCAAUGCCAGCUUAGAGAUGGCUAAAUACACCAUGCAUGCUGCUUCCUCUGCAUCACCUGUUGACCUCAACAAUAUGAGCUUCUCUCAGUCUGUUCCCACUGUCUCCACACCAACCUCUAUGGCUGUCAUGGCUGCCACUACCCAAGUCCCUGGCACCAUUAACAUGCACUCCCCCUCCACCUUACAGUCUAUCCCCAKCCAGCACUAUGCUGUCCCCGUUUCCAGUCUAUUUGGCAUGAAAACGCUCCCUAUGCUGGCUAUGCACCCAGCAMCUGCCUCGGGCCUUCCACAAGGUCUAUCCCCUUACAGCACUAAAGUCCCUACUGCUGGCAUGAAAAAAUCUGACCGCCAGAAAUUUGCCCCAUAUUGACAUAAUAGGAUAAGAAUUGAUUCCCCCAUCCAAAAAUGCGUUUGGGGUCAGUACUGCAUCACACUUGUUCCCUGUUGCAAAGCUUGAUUAAGUUAUAUUGACUGUAUGGUUAAGGAUAUCUCUACUGCUAAUGAAACCUGACAUUCAGCUACUUCGGUGUAUCAGUAUAAUUGUUUGCAAUUUGUAAGUGAAGCUAAAUACCUCCUAGUGUAUCUGAACACACAUAAGAAUACACAGCCAUUUAUCAGACUUACAGUAUGUGAUGCACAGAAACAGCCGAUACUUCCAAUAUAACCAUUUUCUCAGAUAGAAUGUACUGUACUUUGUUUGGUAUCAAUGUAAGUAGUUGACCAGUGAUGUUCUUAGGAAAAGUCCAGUUUCAAACAGGAAUUGACGCUGUAGCAACUGUUUACCAUUGGUAGGGUUACUUGUUUUAUAAAGUAGUUAUUACUGUGAUGUUUACUGUAACAAGGGUUUUUCCACUCUAUUCCGCUGUCAUAUUUCCUCAUCUCCUCCAAUAGGCUCUCGUCAGUGGUAACAGGCUUGGGUGUUCUGUAGGUGUUGUUGUUGCACACGCAGUGCUGAAAGGAUUACCAUGAAGCCAUAUUGGAUUCUUGUGGCUUUGACAAUACACAAUAAUCCUGUAGAGUGGGACUGUCCUAACUAACUCCUGUAGUGCUGUUUUUGCGACUUGGUUUUCUCAGAACUGAAGUCCAAAGGAACAGAACUCUACAGUCCAAUUGAUAUUCUACUCUGCUCUCAGUAUCUGUGAUUGUCGCAGCACAAUAUUGUAACAACGUUAUGUCUAUGCUUGUGUUUUUAAUUAGGGUCUACCCUUAGGUUGUUGAUGAGCUCUUCCAAUUUGUUAUAUUUAUCACAACGUACAUCAUGUAUUUUAAAUAAAUUGAGCCUUUUGUGAAUACAAAUGGGUAUUUUUUAUUUUUUUAUUGUGCAGCAAAAUUUAACAAUUCACACACUUGAGGCUAGGUUACCCUCAAUUUGAAUAAUUAUUGUUUUGAUACAGUGGGUAUCAUAAGUAUUCACCCCCUUUGGAUUUUUUUCACAUUUUGUUGUGUUACAAAGUGGGAUUGAAAUGGAUUUUAUUGUGACUUUUUUGUAAUUGAUCUAAACAACAAAAUACUCCACAAUGUCAAGGUGAAAAGACAAUUAUACAAAUGUUUUUUGUUAAGAAAAAUGUAAUAACUAAGUUAUAAUAAUUAAGUUAAGAAAAAUGUAAUAACUAAAAUGUAUCAGUUGCACAAGUAUUCACCCUUUUGUUUAGGCAAGCCUAAAGAAGGGAAGUGAUUGGU